AUGCCGUUGAUUUUACGUCUCUUUGAGACACCCAUGCUAGGCCUUUCUCUGACAAAGUCUGCUGAGCUAGCAGUGUUAUGGAUUGCUUGGAGCCUGAGCUCAGAUGGGUCCCUUUCUGGGGUUGUGCAGAAGUGGAAGGAGUAUCAGCUUCAAUGCCUGAAAUACUUGUACGAGGCACCCCCCAUUGUGGCAGAAGGCAAGUUCUGCAACCGGACGUUUGACAACUACGCGUGCUGGCCGGACGGGCUGCCAGGCACCUACGUGAACGUGAGCUGCCCCUGGUACCUCCCCUGGGCUAAUGCAGUGCUGCACGGUCAGGUCUACCGCUUCUGCACCGCCGAUGGCACGUGGCUGCUGAAGGAGAACUCGACCCUGCCCUGGAGGAACCUGUCUGAGUGUGAGCCCUCUGAUCGGGAUGCACCAGAAGAACAGCUCCUGAAUCUGUCCAUCAUAUACACCAUUGGAUAUGCUCUUUCCUUCUCUGCCCUUGUAAUAGCAACUGCCAUUCUUCUUGGAUUCAGACAUCUGCAUUGCACCAGGAAUUAUAUUCACCUGAAUCUUUUCACCUCUUUUAUCCUUCGUGCCAUAUCGGUCUUCAUUAAGGACUCCGUGGUGAAAUGGAUGUACAGCACAGCUACACAGGAGCACCAGUGGGAAGGACUUAUCUCCUUCCAGGAAUCACUCAGCUGCCGUUUGGUCUUCGUGAUGAUGCAGUACUGCGUGGCUGCAAACUACUACUGGUUGCUGGUGGAAGGCAUGUACCUGUACACGCUGCUGGUGCUUUCCGUCUUUUCUGAGCAAAGAAUUUUCCGGCUUUACCUCUGCAUUGGCUGGGGUGUGCCCAUGCUGUUUGUUAUCCUCUGGGGGAUUGUCAAGUACCUUUAUGAAGAUGAGGGUUGCUGGACCAGGAACUACAACAUGAAUUACUGGCUGAUCAUCAGACUGCCUAUUCUAAUCGCCAUCGGGGUAAAUUUCCUGAUCUUCAUUAGAGUUAUAUGCAUCAUCAUCUCCAAACUACAGGCAAAUCUGAUGUGCAAAACUGACAUAAAAUGCAGGCUGGCCAAGUCUACACUGACUCUGAUCCCACUGCUGGGCACCCACGAGGUCAUCUUUGCCUUUAUCACUGACGAGCAUGCCAGGGGGAUGCUGCGCUUUGUGAAGCUUUUUACUGAACUCUCCUUUGCUUCUUUCCAGGGGCUGAUGGUUGCAAUUCUCUACUGUUUCAUCAAUAAUGAGGUUCAGAUGGAGUUUCGGAAAAGCUGGGAGCGCUGGCGACUGGAGCAUUUAUACGUGCAGAGGGACAGCAGCAUGAAACCGCUGAAGUGUCCGGCCAGCAGCAUCAGUUGUGGAGGCACCGUGGGCAGCAGCGUCUACGCGGCCACUUGUCAGGCCACAUUCAGCUAGGAUUUCUACAAGUGAAUCGGAUCGUGAAAAAUGAACUGUACGAUAUACCUGAAAACCCUUAAAUACCCAAGGACCUGGUGCAAAGUAGGCCAAAUCCAGCAAGAAACUUAAGCAUAUGCUGCUCUU